AUGAGAGGAGUGAGGAAAGAUCAAAAAUUUACCAUAGAUGAAAAUUAUAGCAGCAUAAAAACUUCUUUAACAUCAAUUUUAAUACUUAGUAAUUUUGUUGGUGGAAUUUAUUCGACAGUUGUGCCAUCAGCAUUCCCUCAGCAAAAUCAUGAUCAAACAGUUGGAGAGAACAUGGAGAUGAUUGGUGAAAUCGAGGCAGACUUCCAGUUUACCGAUUGUGAUCAUCUAUUUGAUGCUUCUCUUCGCCAGGGUCAUUUCUCACUCCCAAUUUUUCCAAAGGAGGCAAUCACUGAUUUUAAGGCGCCUGAUAUUAACGAUGAUAUUGAAAACGAAGAAAGUGAUAUAAGGGAACAAGACAAUGAUAAUAAAAUCACUAGGUCUCCAUUUGUAACAAUCUCAAUUGAUGACAGCAACGAGAUCGAAGAUAAUGAACGUGCUGUUCACUAUCAGUCGUUGCCAGACGACAUUCAAUGUAUUUACACGUUUAUGGCGAAGCCAAGAGAACGUGUGAGGCUUCAAUUCACUUCUUUUCAAUUAGCGGGUACUGCGAAUCAUUGUGAAUCAGAAUAUGUGGAUGUCUACUCAGAAUUGGAAGACCCUACAGAGGACCUGCUUUCUGCGAAUUUAGAUGCUCGGUACUGUGGAACGGUUGCACCAAAUGUUCGAAUAAGUUUGCACCAUGUUCUUGUUCUUGUACUUCAUUCUCGUAUUGGUCGUCGUCGAGGUGAUCCUUUUGUUCUCGCUGGCACUUUUGAAUUCAUUCCUGAAGCACAAUUCGUACCUGGCAUUCCAUUUGGUCCAUCCGAUGGAAAAGGAUGUGCUUUUCUUAUUGAGUCAUCAAAUAGAAAUCAAGGCACAAUUCUGUCUCCUACAUAUCCGGGUGCUUAUCCAAGCAAUUUUCAUUGCGUUUAUUUAUUGAAGGGGAAACAAGGAGAGCGAAUCCGUCUUUAUUUCAAAGAUUUUGAUGUUUACUUUGGCGGCGAACAUUGUCCUUAUGACUCUUUGACCAUAUAUGAUGGUGAUACAAACUCUGAACCUAUCCUACGAAAACUAUGUGGCCUUCAACAACGUUUAGAACUUUUUUCAUUUGGCACGACAUUGUUGCUCGAAUUUAAUACUACAGAACCGCCUAAAAAUGACAUGAGAGGCUUUGCAAUUGAUUACGAAUUCUCUACUCGUUUUGUAGAUAUUGUUCGGCUUAUUGGCCCACAGAGGAGAAUCUCACAUAUUAGAGGAUCGGAAUGUGAUAUUAGAUUUCCGGAAAUGUUUCCAUUAAAUACAACAUGCACGUAUGUGCUUGACGGCCUUCAAAGCGAUCAGAAUCUUGAAAAAGUGUUACUCCACUUUGAAGCUGUUGCUAUGUCACCUUCUACUGCCUCCAUUGGAAAUAAAUUGCCUUUAUCUAGUGCUCUCGCACCUAAUACCUCUAAAUCAAUGGAACAUUCUCCUUCUGGGAAUGAUGAUUGCAACAAUGGUGCAUUUAUCAAGUCAGCAUUAACCAACAGUGAAGAAAGUUCAUACGAUGCUAUUCUAUGUGAUACACUUUCGCAGGGAAACAACCCAUCUUUCGUUAGUCAAGGACCACGCAUUGUUUUAGUUUUUAGCUCAAUGGAACAAUCUCACGAUACUUCAAAUAAAUCAUCAACGGAUCCACGUGGAUUUAGUAAACCUCUAAACCAUUUAGAUUUUGGUAUAGCUGGAGAAAGUAUUGGUGGAUCUAAUCGAUGUGCUUUUCGCUUUCACGAUCCCACUGGAUCAUUCAAUAGUCCACGAUAUCCAGCUAACUACCCGUUAGAUACUGAAUGCACCUAUCACAUAGUUCAUGCAAAUACUCAGCAACACAUCGCAGGGAUAUCUGACAAACAAAUUUUGCUGCAUUUUAAGGUAUUUCUAGUUAAAAAUAAUUUAAAAUUUUUUUACUUUUAUAGCAAUUCGCCUUAUUUGAGGACAAAGAGUAAAAAUACUUUGACUUGGAUACUCCAAAUUUUUAUCCCUUCCAGAUGCAAUGACUGGCUGAAAAUUUUUGAUGUGUUUUACGAAUCAGAUGGUACAGAAACACUUCGACUUCAAGCACAGCAUUGUUGGAAUGUAUUCCCUGGACCAACAAUUUCAUCUUUUGGAGCACACGAAAUGCGUGUUGUUUUUCAUUCUGAUGGGUUUGGAACAGCCAAUGGGUUCGAUGCACAUUAUGAAAUUCGUGAUGCUUUUGAAGAAGAGGUCCCUCAUCGUAAGGAUAAACGCCAUUGUGGUGAAUUAAUCCAAGCAAAUGAAGAGUUGACUACUGGACAUUUUGAAUCUCCCGGCUAUCCAGUUAAAUAUGGUACAAAUAAACAAUGUGAUUGGGAAAUACGAGUCAGAUCAGGCCAUCAAGUAUUACUUCGCCCUAAUGCUUUCAAUAUUGAAGGACAGAUGACAGACGAGAAAAUUGACUUGCUGUAUUUCGUGUCCAUCUGGAUAUGCAAAAUCGCAGCAGAUUGUUUCGCCAUCAAAUUCUAUACGAAUGAGGUUGAUAUAAUUAAAGUAUCUUUUUCUAUUGUAAAAACUUUUACUAGUUUUCUAACUUCCCCUGACAAAGUAAAUGGCCUUCAAGGAUUUAAUUUUUCAUGGACAGAAGUUCGUCGCGUUCAAAGUGAUAGCGAAUGUACAGGAGAACAAUUCUAUUUAUGUUCUUAUUCACGUUUAUGCAUUGAUGCCCAGUUACGUUGCAAUGGGGAAGAUAAUUGUGGCGAGAAUGAUGAUAGUGAUGAAGCACAUUGCUCCAGAAUCGACAAUUUGACAGACAUGCGAACAAUUGUAGUCGCCUAUAUAGUAUCUGGUGUAAUUUUUCUCUUCAUUUUCUCGUUCUUCUGCAUUCUCUUCAAAUCAAAAUUGAAGAGAAAAAAUCAUGCCAGGGAAGAUCUACGCCGAAAAUCACAUAGACAACGUAAAAGGCAGAAAAGUGGCCACCGAGGAACGAGCGUUCAUCACCGACAUCCACAUCAAUCAGGCAGUCGACUUGCCGGCGAGACGAUUACUACAAGGACACCACGGCUGAGGCAACCUUUUAGGCAAUCGAAACCUAAACAAACAAUCUUGGACAAGCACAGACUCUCUGGUGCUGUUACAAUGAUAACAAGACUUUCUGAGGAUGAGAGGUGUUUAAACAAUUACCGAUAA